CAGAUUCUGCUUCCUGUUUCUGAUACUUAGUCGUCCUCUAUAACAGCAGAGACUCAGACCUGAGAGCUGAUCAUGUUGAAUCAACUACAAAGUUGGCUGAAUGCUGUGGUCUUUGUGCUUCUGCUUCUCCUCCUCCGUGUGCAGGGUCAGGACUCCUCGGAGGCCAGCCCCAUCAGAAACACACACACAGGCCAGGUCCGAGGCAGCCUUGUUCAAGUGAAUGAUGGCAAAGUUGGUGUCCACACCUUCCUGGGAAUUCCCUUUGCCAAGCCACCUGUAGGACCACUGCGUUUUGCACCUCCUGAAGCUCCUGAACCGUGGAGUGGUGUGAGAGAUGGGACCUCUCAUUCAGCAAUUUGUCUGCAAAGCCUUGAAAUGAUGAAUCCAGAAGGCCUGAAAGAUAGGAAACUGACCAUGGCUCCCAUCUCUAUGUCUGAGGACUGCCUGUAUCUCAACAUCUACACACCAGCUCAUGCCCAUGAGGGCUCUAACCUGCCUGUGAUGGUGUGGAUCCAUGGUGGUGGUUUGGUUGCAGGAAUGGCUUCCAUGUAUGAUGGAUCCACGCUGGCAGCCAUUGAGGAUGUGGUGGUGAUCACUAUCCAGUACCGUCUGGGUGUCCUGGGCUUCUUCAGCACUGGAGACCAGCACGCCAGAGGCAACUGGGGCUACCUGGACCAAGUGGCCGCCCUGCGCUGGGUUCAGAAUAACAUUGCCCACUUUGGAGGCAACCCUGACUUUGUCACCAUUUUUGGAGAGUCAGCAGGUGGUGCAAGUGUGUCUUCACUUGUUGUGUCCCCCAUGUCCCAAGGACUCUUCCACAGAGCCAUCAUGCAGAGUGGAGUGGCCCUGUUGCCUGACCUUAUCUCUGACACCCAUGAGAGUGUCUACACUACAGUGGCCAACCUGUCUGGAUGUGAGACCAUGAACUCAGAGGCCCUGGUGCACUGUCUGAGAGGCAAGGGCGAAGCAGAAAUUCUGGUCAUUAACAAGGUCUUCAAGAUCAUCCCUGCUGUGGUAGAUGGGGUAUUCCUACCCAAGCAUCCCCAAGAGUUGUUGGCUUCUGUGGAUUUUCAUCCUGUCCCCAGCAUCAUUGGUGUCAACAAUGAUGAGUUUGGUUGGAUCAUCCCCAUGCAACCACACUUAACAGGGUCUUCUAUAACCCAGAUCUUUGGCUCUGCUCAGACAAUAAAGGAAAUAACUAGAGAGAACCUGCAGGCUGUUUUGAAGAAUACAGCAUCACAAAUGAUGCUGCCUCCUGAGUAUAGUGACCUGCUAAUGGAAGAGUACAUGGGGGACACUGAGGACCCACAGACCCUCCAAAUACAGUACACAGAGAUGAUGGCAGACUUCAUGUUUGUGAUCCCUGCACUCCAAGUAGCACAUUUUCAACGUUCCCAUGCUCCUGUCUACUUCUAUGAAUUCCAACAUCAACCCAGCUACCUCAAGAAUUUCAGGCCACCCUAUGUGAAGGCUGACCAUUCUGAUGAGGUUUUUUUUGUCUUUGGGUCCUUCUUCUUUGGCAUGAAACUUGACCUCACUGAGGAGGAAGAGCUACUGAACAGGAGGAUGAUGAAGUACUGGACCAACUUUGCAAGACAUGGGAACCCCAAUAGCGAGGGUCUACCCCACUGGCCCAUGAUGGACAAUGAUGAGCAGUACCUGCAGCUGGACAUCCGACCUGCUGUGGGCCGAGCCCUGAAGGCCAGAAGGCUGCAGUUCUGGACCCAGACUCUGCCCCAGAAGAUCCAGGAGCUAAAGAAAUCUCAGCACAUGCACAAAGAGCUAUAGUGCCCUGUGUGAGAAAUGCUGUGUAGUAUUGGCUACUUCUGGGGUCACCUUGAGGCCCCCAAACUCAUUGACUAACCUGGGUUGAUUCUGACAUUCACAUAACCUCUGCACUUGUCAUUAAUCACGAAUCCUCUGCAU